AUGGAAAAUUCUCCUCCAAGCCCGCCAAGUGACUGGGGCUCGCUUCAUGACCCAUUCCAACCGGUCGACACAGCAUACUUCAAAGCGGUUAUGUCGCCAUGGAACCGUCUCUUUAUUUCCCAAUUCGUCGAAUACGUCAGAUCCAAGAUGCUCGUAGGAAUCCCACUCCCUCUCAUCUUCACCUCGCCAGCCACUAAAUAUGAGGCGUGGAAGAUGGAUAAAGAGUACAAGGAUCUUUACGUUGCUACCAUCACCCUUGAAAAGUCUGUGAAAGCUAUCAAGGAGAGGACUUCCAUCAAAUCGCCUCCCGCUGCUCACGGAGUUAAAAGGCGGGCUCAGCGUCUUCGCUCGCGCGGCUUCGGAAGUGGCCUUAGAGAGGUCAUCUCUGUGGAUGAAGAGUGGCCCGAAGAAGGCUGGGCAAGUUCAGUUGUAUUGAAGGGUGUCAGUUACGACGUUAGACUUCAAAUCAGGAUGAAAGAGAAAGGCAGACCGUUCCUCCUCGACAAUGACCCCACGGAUCGCUCUGGCAUUAUACCUGAGUCACGGCUUUUGAAGAUGCUGAAGCUAGAUUAG